AUGUUGAAUACCUCUGGUUUGGCGGCCUCGAACCGUCAAGCUCCUCUUCGUGCGUUCAGUAAUGGCGAAGAAGGGACACCAGAACUAGUCGCAAGGGUACUCAGGAAAGUAUGGCAUAACUUCUCACAAUGGAAGAAGGAUAUGGCCAGAAGAUCGCUUCGCUCACUGCAACCGACAACACCUCCUUGGGAUGGGAUGUCGCUGCUUCCCUCUAUACCGGUUCCCACAACAAAUACGCCGUUGCAUGACAAGCAAGCUCAAUCUAGAGGCUUUACCGUCUUGGACUUCACCGACGACGGCGACUUCGCCCAGGAUCCUUGGAUACUGCAAGGUGGCUGCAUUAUGGACGCGCCAAAAUCCUUCGACAGCGUCCCAGUGUACGAGAACUUCACCCCCGCCGACCGCAGCAUCUACGUCGGCAACGACAACAACGACGUACCCUACGUGCGCCUUAGAAACAGCAAUGAUAUUUCCUACGUGCGGUACAUCGACGAUCCAAAAUACGAUGCUGCACGGGAGCUCGACGACUGGCAUGGCACGCUGGCUUGGAUGGAUAUCAAGGACCACGACUUCGCAUUGCUCGUCCUUGAAACCGCUCGCCGGUUGUUCUUGGAUCACGGCAUCUCAUACGAGCAGCAACAGGCAACGGAUAUUCUGCCGUUACCCUUGUUUACUGCAACGGACGUGGACACCGGUGUCACUCGACCAGGUUUAUUGGACGAAUACACAAAACGGUCCGUCGAUGUCGAUCAAUAUCACGUCCUUCUGUCCAUCCGUCAAUUGCAUAACACCGAAUUGCCCUACUCACACACGCACUCACUAGAGAAACUAGACUAUGAGUACGACCCCGCCCUACGCAUCGCUCCAUACGCCGCAAAUGCCCCACCAAGAGGGUCCUGCGGCCCGACUUGCUACCGAGAGUCCGCACUCGCCGAAGUCCAUCGACUUGCGAAGUUCAUCACCAAGAGCUUUCCUGCUCCGCGCAUUCCUCUCCCAUCGAAGCCUCUGCCAUUGAUCGAGUUUAGAGAUACCUCGGAGCUCAUGCUCUUCUCCCCGUAA